AUGAAUGCACUAUAUCUCAUCAAAUUUGCCCGUGAGCAAAGAAAUCGGAGAGCGAAAUAAAACCACCACAAAAAGCACCAAACGUUUUUCCGGUUCAUAUUCAUUUCAAGUCUCGUUAGCUCAUCAGAAAUCGCAUCACCAAGCGGCCAAUAAUCGAGAAAAGGAUCCUUUUUCAGUCGAGAGUUCGUUUUUAUUAAUUUUCCAAUAAUCCUUGUUGAGCUUGAACCUUUUUGCUUAUUUCAAGUCGCCAACGCCCAUGAUUAUUUAUUGGCUCUAAACUAUCCCCUCGGGGCAACAACGCGUUCUGGUCGGUCCCACUUUCUUUAUUUGUGGGCUCUAGAACGUUUUCUGUAUUGCUUUUUUUUGUAACAGUUGUUUCAGUUUAUUAAAGCUUCAUUUACUGUUUGUGACGUGGAAUUUCGUAGUUAUUCGGAAUCUACCUCGGAAAAAAAAACUUUUUUUCGAUUUUUUACAACACCUGCUGCUUUUUGAUUGGUUACUGUUGGCGUAUAACGUGCAUACACCGCGACGCAAGUCGCCUCUUUUAGAAAGUUUUAGUUGUUUUUUUUUGUAAAAACUUUUGUUUCAUAACUAUUUUUGGAAAGUUAUAUGAUCAAAUGUUUUUGAUUGAAAAUAAGGUAAUGAAAUUGUUUCAGUAUAAAUUUUUAGAUGACAGUUUUUUUUGAAAUUAAAAAGAUAUUUUUUUCUGGUUUCUUCUUGUUUUUUAUUGCUUCUUUUUCUGCGAUUUCGUAAUUAUUUUUUUCUUUUUUUGUUGCUCUCUGGUUCGAAAACUCGAAUGAUUCCUCGAAUUCAUAAUUUUUUUUGUGAGGAUCUAAUAUUAGAAUCCUCUUUCUGAGCUCUAAAUGUAGUUCGAAAAGAAUGUUCAUUCUUUCAAUCUAGGGUUCCAAGCCAAAAAAAAAAACUAAAAGUCUGUAAAACCGCGUCGCCAACACGCCUCGCUUUUCAGAAUCUAUUCUCACCUCUCUGAGAUUUUCUCGAGUUCAACGAGCACGACUCGAUAGGUCUUCUUAACAACAUUCCAUCUCUUCAAACAUGGGAUUUCCGUCUUUUCCUUGCGUUUGGCAAUUUUCCCAGUAGUGUCCUACAGCUCAUCCUCCUAUUUUCUCGUCAUUUCAUUCUCAUUAUUCAUUCAAAUUCGGCAAGAAUUGUUCCAACUUCCUCCUUUCUUAUUCUCUCUUUAUGACGUUUUCUUUUUUUGCCGUUGGAUAAGCUCUGGUAUUUCAGGGAGAUUCUACCGUAGUCCAGGAAAUGUCGUCAUCUUUACGAAGUUUGUCCCGAACUGGGACAGAAGUCCAGUUGGUCGUCGUGGUUGGUUUCUUUUCUUUUUUUCUCGGAUUUUGAAGGAAAGUAGAUUUGAAAAGGUGUGAAUAGAUUCCAGCUUCAGGUUAACUUAAUAAUAAGAUUAAAGGGAGAUUAUUGAAAAAAAAUAUGUCUUCCUUAUUUUUGGACUUAUCCCCUUCAAGAUUUGGAAAAAUUUUAGUUUUUGCUCAAAAAAAAUGUUUGAUGAUUAUUUCAUGUGUUCAGUAGAUCACGAGGAGAAAGAAAAUUCAAAAGUUUCCUAAAAAGGAUUAUUUAAGAAGUUCUGGAGAAGAAUUUCAUGGAUAAAUCCUUUUACAGUUUCAAUUUCUUUAACUGAUUUUUUUAAAAUUUAUUUUUUUGGUGAAGAUUUCGAUUGAAAAAAACAGCAGUUAAAACACUAUAAAUAAUCGUUUUUUUUGUUUUUUUUUUCCCAAAAUUUCUACAAAAAAACGUUGUUUCAGUUUUUCUUCGUAACCGUAUCUUCUAAGACCGCUUUUCCAAAAUAUUAGCAAAUAAAUUUUCUCGCUAAAUCUUUUUUAAACAAUUUUUUCUCGGAUUAAAGCCCUGUUUUCCGCCCCAUUGUAUGCUUUGAUCUCUCGUCUCUCUUGUCUGACUCCAAGCUAAACAAAAAAAGAAAGCAAGGUCAGAAAAAAGGCGGGGCCACUCAUAUUUCUGUUUGCAAUGUGAGUGACAAGAUUCUCAGAAGUCCCUCAAGGAUUUAGUUCAUUUUUUCAAGUCUUUGGGAGUAACCGCCUUUUUUAGAUGAAAAUUAGAUCUUUCUUUUCAUUUUCGAUCUAGGAUCAAGAGCUUAGAAGUCCAACUGAUUAUCCUGAAAAAAUUCUUGAUUUUAAUGCGUUUUUGAGAAAGUAUCGUGAAAAAGAAGACUUUCUCUUCUUUUUUUCAAUUCUAUAAUAUGGUUCUAGUUUUUCUUUCUAACGUCCCUUUUUUCCUUUUUCUUUCUCGAGCCCGAUGAAAUACCUAUUUUUUUAACUGUAAAUGCUUUUUAGAAAAAUCCAUUUUUUUCAAAAGAAAACUUAUCUUUCAGUUUUUAUUUUUGAUCGUCUCUUUUGAAUCAUUGAUUCACAAACUUCAUGAUUCAUAGAUUGUGGUUUUUUUGUUUUGCAUUUGAAAUGAAUGCAAAAAAACGAGCCAGCUUCCACAUUUGCUUCAAAAAUCAACGAAAAUAGAUGAAAAUUUCAUUUUAACGCUCUUUAAAAGUUUUUUUAUCUUCGAGAAAUGAUUUGAAAAUAAAAUUCAUCCACGUUUUUUUCAAAAAUAUUUCAUUGAAAAGCGAAAAAAAUCUGCAAUUUCAUAUUUAUUUUUUUUUGAAAUUGGGGAUUUAGGGAGGUAGUUCUGGUAUGAUGAAUAGUAUAUAUGAAAAAAAGUAUUUUUUUAAAAUCUUUAUUUAAAAAAAAACAGUUUAGUAAGCUUUAGCUCUCAAUUUUUUUCAGGCUCCAAAGUUUUUUUGAUUUCUAUUUCAGCUUUUGAUCAAAUAAAUUGUUUCGAUCUCUGGAAAACAUGUUCAAAUUUUUAUGGUAAAAUUUUUAGAAGCAAGUCUGGAACCGCAGCGCGUUGAGCCAUUCCAAAUGCAACUUUUUUUGAGUGUGGUAAAAAAAGAGCUGAUAUAUCAAUUUGGUUCUUUUAAGUUUUAAUUUCAAAUUUCAUAAUUCCUUCGAUUUCCAAGUCAUUGAAGACCCUUUGCUUAAUUUUUCUCACUUUUUCUGGAAGAAGCACGUUUUUUUCAGCCUAAACGUAAGCUUCUACGUCAGAUCUUUUUUCCUCAAAAAAAAAUGGUUAAUGGGCGAUAUGCAUAAUUAAAUAGCAGUCACGAGAGUGCAUUCAAUCCAAUUUCCUCCUCCAAAACCUCUCAGGAGUCAAUAUCUCCUAAUUUUUUGCCCUUUUCCUCCCGGAAAAUCUUUUUCUCACCUUAUCAACUUCAUUCUCGAAAGCUUUCCAGCAAAACAGACAAAAAAAAACGGAAAAUAGGAAAAGAUUAGAUCCGAUCGCCGUGGCGGCUAAUGGAAAAGGCUCCAAUUUCGACGGCCAGGCAGGAAAAAAAAACUUUGGGCCGAUUCUUCCUCCUCAAACGUCAAAUUAAAUGACUUUUCGACUUCCUCUUCAUUGAAUAUUUUGUCUCAAGAAUCGCUCCUUUUUCGUUUUUAUUCUCUAGGAAUCUUCUAUUUUUGACUGAGCAGGUCUAAUUGAAGGCAAUUUUCUGGGAAUGUCUUGAAUAGCUGAAGACGUUAGAGAAAAACCAGGUAAUUUAGGAAGAAAGAUAUAAAACUUGUUUUUGGGCAAGGAACUUUUAGCGGAAAAAUAUUUUUUUCUUAUUGCCAUCCUUUUUCUCAUCUGCUUGGUUAGGUUUUAACUUUUUUUGGAUAGUUUUGGUUAUUUUUUUAUUGAUAUAUGUAUGUUUUAAUGUUUCAAUUGUGUGAUUAAAAUUUCAUUGAGCUUUGAAAAAAAUAUAAGCGGUUUAUUUUUCAUUUUUUUGAAGCCUUUACUUCUAGGAGUCGUAAAUUUCACUAAUUUCCAAAAAGAAAAAAAUAUUUUUUUCGCUAAAAUUACUUACAACUGCUUUUUUUGUAUAAAACCUUUUUCUCUUAUAGAGAAAUUCUCCUGAAUUCAACGCUCAAUCGCUUAUUUUUGACGCGCCCGACCAAAAAACGACUUGCGCUAGGAAGUAUUUGAAAAAUCUGCAAUCUUUCAUGUUUGACCAGGUUUCGACCGCUACGCGUAGAGCCAUUCUGAAUGCAACCAUGAGCUUUAAAAAUUAGAAAGAUCAUUUUUGGUUCUACUAUGUUUUCUUUCUAAUUAUUUAUUUUUUGAUUAACCGUUUUGAAACACUUUGAAUUGAAGUCUACAAAAAUUAUAUUUUUCUAAUAAACUCCUCAUAUUUUCCAACCCUUCCUUUGAUCCUAGAAGCCCCAGAUUUUCCUCCAGUCUUCAAAGCAAAAGCAUAGAUCCGAAAAAAAAGAAACAAAUAGUUAUAAUCCGAACCUCGUCGAUCUUACGCCUUGUUUUGCAGCUCGGUUUUUUUUCUUUUGAUUUCCAGCAAUUCCAGACUAAUAGCUCCUGGAACGGCAGCAACCAAAAAAAGCCUGACUUCGUUUCGAGAGUCAAAAUAACGCUCGAAUUACCGCGAACGCAUAACAUUUGCCCCCCUUAAUCAAUUCAGUUAGCCCCCUUUUUUUAAUAUGUCGAAUUAGGCGGAAGUCAUGAACACUUCUGAAACUUCCGCUUCUUCAACUCUUUAUCUCUUUCCUCUUUGAACAUCCUUCGAUUAUUUUUUCUUUCGAAUUUUCAAAAUUUUUUUUUCUUUUUAUAUUUUGCAUUUUUCUUUUUAUUAUACUUAAUUUUCAACAUUCUUAUUUUUCCUUUAAAAUAACUUCAAGAAAGAAAUUCAAAGAUAGAAAGAACGUCAGAGAAGCGUUCGAUUCUAAAUCUUUUAAUUGAAAUGACAUCAUUGCUUUUUUUUUCUCUAGUUCACAAGACCAGCUGUUCAAAAAUCUAGUCUUGAUUUUUAUUACUUUAGAAAUCAAAAGCUGGUUCUACUUAACAUAUUUCAUUCACUCGGACUUGAAAUUAUCGCAAGUGGAAUGGCUCGACGCGUUGCGGUUGCGCUGCGGUCCCAAAAUUUCAAAACAUUGGAAGAUUUCUAGUUCAUGAAAUCAGAAGAUUUCAGCCUGGAAGCAUUUUUUCUCGAUUAUUAACCCAAAAAUAGUUAAAAUCAGAAUCAGGUCUUUUUCAGUUCGUCAUUUCCCUUUAUCGAAAUGAAAAAAAUUAGAAAAAAAUCCAAAUUGUCUCUAGAAAUUUCAUAUUUUAUCUCCUACAAAAAAAUCUCCAUAGUCCAAUGAAUUCCUCAUAUUGCACACAAUCGAGACUGAUUUUCAGUUCUUACAUUUUUUUUUCCUCGUUUCAAUGAAAAGAAAUUUGCAAUUCGCGCUGCAAUAAUGAGCUUGUGAGCCGAGUUUUUGACUUCUUCCUCCGAAUUUCCUCGUUCUUUCUCCGUUUUCCACUUCUUUUCGUCUUGAAACUUGUCUCCGCCAAUUUCCGGCUUCGUUCUCCAUUCUUUUCGGAAAUAACAAUGGACGGGGCGAGGGAGGCGAAACUUUGGUAGAACGGAGAGCGUCGCUUGAUCGCCCAUGGGCGUCUAAUUCCAUUUAUCAGAUCCAUUCCGAGAGGUCUAUUUUCUAAGCCUUUUCCGAGCUUUUUCUGGACUGUUCAAUGUUCUUUCCUCCAGUUACUGUCGGAGUUUUGAGACUGGAUGAAGCAUGUUACGAUCAGGAAUGUGCUUCUUGAAAUGCUUGGCUUAACCUUUUUGAAUUCAGCUAAAAAUCGUUCAUUUAAGAAUUGUUUCCUAAAUUGAAGAUUAGAAUCGGAAAUGUUCUUUUUGAAAGGAUUGAAUGGACUUUUCGAAAAUGGCUCGAAAAUAAUCUUUUUUUUCAAAAAUUAACAAACACGUCUGCUGAUAUUUUGUGACUAGAGGAUGCCUAAAAUAGCUAAAAGUGUGCUUUUUGAACUUUCAGUUUCAAUUUUUAACUUUGGCUCAAAGUUGUCCAAUUUCGAAAGUUUACUUUUUAAACUGGUUAGAACAUCUUUCCGUUUUUAGAUUUUGACGAAAACAGUCUUUCUCUUUGAUUUUUCGAUUCUAUAGAAAACUUUACAAAUAAUGAUGGCAUUUCGAAAAUUCUAGUUCCCUUUCUUUUGCGUUGAAAUCGGUACGUUAAAGUCCAAUCCUCAUACCUAUAGGUCAUCUCAAAUUUUCUUUCUUGUUGGUUUUUUCAAAUCAUUAGAAAAAUUAUGAGCGAUCAUUCAAUAAAUUUAUUUGAAAACAUUUUUACUCUCUUUUUUUUGCAAUCAAUAUGUACAUUUUCAUUUUGAAAACUUCAAACCUUCAAGUUUAGAAAUUGUUUUGUUUUAUCUGAUCAAAUCAUGAAAAGUUUUCUAAAGCGAAAAAAUAUACAUUUUGCAGUUUGGCCUUGUUUUUUUACCCAAAUCCGCGGGGUAUCUAUGCUCUCAAAAAAAAGAACAUGAGUCGACGGAAAGCAUUGGAGGCCAAGAAUAACCGCCCAGAGGCAUAUUCCGGCCAAAUGGCCAACGAUAAAAAAUACUGCUGGCCUCGGAACAAUGAAUUGCUAACAUCUUGCAUAACUAUUUAACGACCUUUUUCCGACAUUUUCCAUUUUUCCUUGCUUCUUCUUUUUCAUGCUUCUUUUUUAUUAUAAUUUCUGUAAGAGUUAGUUUUGAUUGUUUUAGAAACUCCUAAAAUUAAUGAUUGAAGAAAAUUUCGAAGGAAAGAAGCGGCUAAAAAGAUUUUAAAAAAACCUCAAGUUCACUUUUUCCUGGUUCUGCUGAGUUUUGAAUUUAUUUUGGAGCGUCCAUAAAUUUUCCAAAACAUCAGAGAAAGUUUUCAAAAGAGUCUGAAAAUCCGUUUUUGCCGUUUUGCCGUUUUUUGUAAUAUUUGAGACCGUAACAGACUUCCGCGACUUCAAAGCUUCAGCAGGAAUUUGAGAUUAUUAAAAAAAAAAUUUUAUUUCCUUUUUUUCGAUUCGAGAAUUUCAAUGUUUACCUCUCUUUUUUGAACUUCCGGUCGUAAAAAUUUAUUGGAUAAUUGCCAGAAAGUUUUCCAAUUUUUAAUUAAACUCGACCAUGUGGAAAACGUUUUCCUCGUUUUCUCCGAACUUUGAACCUCGUCUUUGGUCAUUUUGAUGAUGUGAGAAAUAGAGCUUCUUCGUUUUUCUAGAGCAUAUGCUCCAUGGUUUUCGAGAAACAUAUUUUCAUUGAUUCAUUCAAAGUUUUUCCGAAAAAAAAUGCCAAUCGAUUUCACUUUACAAAAUGAGUUUUUGCUUCUUUUUUUUAAAGAUUGGACUGGCGCCGUCUAGCGCCCACCCUGAAAAACUUUUUUUACGGUUUUUUUGUCUACUUCCCCCCUUUUUUUCUCUUUUCUCUGCCAAGUCCACUCCCCUUUUUCAGGUCCCAAGACUAAACCCCCCCCGCGCUCUCAAAGAAUAAAGUGGUGUUAAGCCUUAUAAAGUAUUUUAUCAAAUAUUAGAUCCAAGUGAACUCUUUAGGGCUCACACUAUUCGGUCCAUUAAUUAUUAUCGUUCUUUAAUUUCCAGAUGCCACACGACGAAAUGACAGAAAAGCGGUUUCGAUGUUUUUGCGGAGUUUGCCAUGUUGUGGUUCGUUUUUUUUAGUUCAAUCAUUCCUCAUUGAUAAUUCUCACUUUAAAAACUGCUCUCUCAUCUCUCUUUUAAGUUUUAACUGAAACUGUUCCAAAAGCCUUUUCAAAGAAAUGGACAGAUUUACGUUUCACGCGAGCUUCUUGUUGUGAUAUUUGAUAAUUUUGAUAAUGAACGAAUUAUAAUUUUAUCUGGAAAAAUUGGAAAAUUCUGCGCGAUCACGUAGGGAUUGUAUUCUGCAUUAGUUGAUUUGAAGUGUAAAUAAAAAAAUUUUCUUUUUGAAUUUAACUUUUCCGAUGAAAAAAAAGAUACAAAAAAACGAUUUUUUAAUCAAAGCUUUCUUGUAUGUAGUUUGAUCUUUCUGAAAAUUUCUUGAGUUAUUAUGAUUGUUAUUUGUAACAUUCUGGGGGAUUUUCAGCUUGCAGAAUAAAAAAACCGCAGUUUUAUAAUUUCAACUUCCAUACAAGAAAGUUGUGAACAAAACAUUCAUUUUUUUCAUAAGGUACUGUAUAUAGCCUAUUCCGCGCCAGCUUGUAAGAUUUUUUCCUCCGAAAUGACCGUAUACCAAAUUGAACCGCAUUUUAUCAACUUCGCUUCAAGACCUUUUUUCUUUUCGCAGUUUAAAGGUGCAGGAAAAACGUUAGUUUUUUCUUGCUGUGCAUUUAAAACGUGACAAUAUCAAUCAGAACUUAUUAAACUUGUUUUCAUUUUACUAACUUUUCGCAAAGUUUUAAGAAAGAAAAAUUUCAGCGAGAUAAAAUUUUGAAAAUUCUUGUGAUUUUUUAUCAAGAACAGUUCAAAAUUUUCAAAUUUUUUUUCUGAAUUAAUACAGAACGACUUGUUUUAUUUUUAUUUAAUCACUUCUUAUCAGUAAUAUUGAGGUAAGAACGAAAAAAUUUGCAGACAGGAACCCAGAUCUGCCUGAUUUGGUAUGUACUGUCGGCGGGAUUUUUCCAUGGUUUUUCGGCAUGAGAUCGACUUUGACGUGGCUCAUCGUCCCGAUUUGCGUCGUCGUCCUCGGAAUCUACGCCUUCAUUUCCAGAAGACACAAAUAUCUCUACCCUUUUCUGAUUAUCACUGUUAGUUUUUUAUUAUUUUCGAAGUUUUGUGAGCUAUUUCCCAUAUUAGUCCUACCGAAACGACGAUUUUUCCAUUUUGGCAAAUUAAAAAAAAGAGUACAGAUCUAAUUAUUUAAAGAAGUAAGUAGUUUUCUUUUCAAAAAAUUAAAAGUUUCUCUAAUAGGAAAAAGUCCUGAAAGCCUCUUCGACCUCCAAGAGGUUAAAGCUAGAAAAAAGCUCUUCAGAAGCCCUUUUUCAGCCUUUUCGAACAGCUUCUCGUUAAGAGAGUCCGAAAAUUGUCUAUUAGCAGAAGUGAAAAAAAAAAUAAAAGGUCUUGGAAAUGAGCGUUUGCGUCUUGAAAAGACUUCGAAUACCUUGUAAAAACUUUUUUUAUUUAGAAAGCCGAAAAGAUUUUUUUAUUUUCCGGAUGUUGGGUUCAUUCUUUUCACUGGAGCCGAUUUUUUUGAAAAAAAUUUGUUAUAAAAAUCUCCAAGACCAAGAUUUCAGGUCGUUCAACAGUUUGUUUGUAUGCUCAUGGCGACCAUUAUCACCAUAUUUUUCAUUAAUUAGUUUUUGAAACGAUGCGGUUAAUAAUUGGUUAGUUCUAUUCCUUUUUGUGAACAUUUUAGUAAGAUUAUUCUCCAGGAAGAUCACUUGACAUGGCAGAACCGCCAUCGAAAUCUCUGACUUUAGUCGUCGUCGCGGGGACAGUUUCCGCCUGCAUUUUGCUUUCUUUUAUCCAUGUUUGGCAGGCGAUCGUCAUUUAUAGGUAAUUUUGAUUUUUUAUAGUAAUAAAAUAAUGAUAAUUUUUUGCGAUUUGUAUGUAGUUUGGUGUUCAGCCCCUUUCUUUUCAGCUUGUUUCUUUGGUCUGCGAAAGACUAUAUACAAAAAUAGACAAACUUCGCUUCGAGACCAUAAAAAAGCUGUGUUACGGUAGAUUCUCUUCUGCUGUGCUUUUGAAACGUGACCUUUAGAAGAAUAUCUGACUUAUUCAAUCUCUAUACAGACUUUCUGUUUGGGUGAUAAGGCUUUUCGAACUUCAGAAAUAUUGUUUUUGAACGGGGAAAUCGAGAAAUUUUCGCUCAAUGUGGCGAGUCGGAUUUUGCUUGAAGCCUCGUUAAGAUCGGUCUAUGUCGGGCUUAGAAAAAAGCCCGGAGUCCUACAGACUGACGAGUCGACCCUCGCACAGCCAUUCUUCAACUUUUGAUCUUUUCCAGCUGUCUCGAGUACUACGAAGACCGGUACCGGACGCUGGAAGAAGGCGUUUUCGAGACGUCGCGCGUCGAGGCGACCUGCGACGACUCGAACCGCAGUCGCAGCCGACCUGGCAACGUCUCCGCGAGAUCUUCCUCUCGAGACCGGAAUCUCACGUGACGUCAUCCCAAUUUACGCAAUCCCAACUAAAUUAUCACGUCUACGGGUUCCACCACGUUGCUUUAGUUUUGUACCUUCUCAUUCGCUUAAAAUUCCAUUUCACAAUUCAAAAAUAAACAAAAUCCCUGUCUGAAUUUUUGAUUUAAUACUUUCAAAUGGGUCUGAGAGAAUGGGUACUUGAAAUAAGAGUUCAAAAAUUUCAUUUGACUAAAUUUCAUAGAUUUCUAAAAAAGCCCUAAUGGCAUAUAUUUCGAAGUUCCUGAACCUCAAGUUUAACUGCGAAAGAAUGAAUUGUCUAUAAAAUUUGAAGGUUUUUCAUAAAUUUAUAUGAGUUCAAAAAAGUGAAUCGAACUUCUUGAGCAAUUUUUCUGAAAGGAGUUUUCAUAGACCCUAUUUUUCUCCUCAAGUUUCUCGUCUUCAAAUCAACGAAAAAAAUAUUCAGACGGUGGAUUUUCUUUUUGAAUCGACGAGUCAUUCUCAACAAUAAAGAAUUUUAUGAUUAAAGUUUUAUGAAUUUGCAAUGAAACUGGAAAGUAUCUUUCAAAAAUAAUGAAAUAAAAUGAAACCAAAAUCUAACUCUUAUGGUUGCAAAUUUGAAAGAUCUAAGAACCUUUCAAAUUAGAAGAAUUUCUCUUUUUUUCAAUUUUUGAAAGGCUUCAAAAGCAGAAAAUCAAAAACUUUCUUUCAAAUUCAAAACUUUUUGUUCCUUCUCUCGGCUCCAGAACACUUAUCCCCAUCCAAAAAGGCUAUGCCUUUCCGGCUCAAUUUCCUCUUUUCUUCCCCUUUUUCUUUCUUUUUUUUUCUUGUUCCUUCAACUUCUAUUUCUCUGCUUAUUUCCGGUAAAAGUGUUCAAUCGGAAGAAAAAAAAACUGAGUUGAAUAGAGUUAUUUUGUGCCUUCGGGGCCGGUGGCCAUGGCGACGUCCCACUGCGUGACUAAAUUCCUCAGGUUUGUUUUUUUUUCCGCUUCUUUCCGUCUUUUCCUUUCGUUAAUCCUCAUAGGAUCUCAAUAGGAUUUGAUGGCAUUAGCCAUCUUUUUCUUGAUUUUUGAUUUUUCCCUUGAAAAUAGAAUUUACCUCUGUCAAAUUCUGAUCAGAAAAUGAGCUAAAUCUCCGAAGCUUCUAUAUCGAAAUUUCAAAAAAGUCUUAUAAUGAUCUCAAAAAUCAACUAAGAGGCUAACUUUCUGAGAGAGCAUUUUUAAAAAAUCAAGCUCUUCCAUAAGUUCUGUGCUCUUUUUAAAAAUUGACUUUGCUAAAUUGCAGCUAGGAAAUGUCUUCAACUUCUACCAGUGGUCAUAAACAACUCCUGAAGCUGGGAUCUCAUCAAAAAGGUAUACUUUUUAAAAUUAAAAUUUAAUUUAUCUCCAAUUUUACGAUUUUAAUGCCCCACUCAUCUUCCAUCAUACGGAAAAUAAACAUUGCAUGGAUUUUUUCUCGACAAUUCGAAAUAUGAAAAACAUUUCCAGCAACAGCAACUUAUUCCACGUUGAGAACUGGAAUCCUGAAAAUAACUCCCGGCGAUUCAAAAUGUAAAAUCUACUGCCGCGGACCGAUCUGCAGAUUUUGUGUAGUCAACGAUGGUCCAGAAAAUAUUCAAGCUAUUCGAGGUCUUUAUUCAACUUGGUUAGUUUAUAAUUUUUGAGAAAAUAAGAAGAAAACUUGAAUAUUGAACAACUUCAGGGUCACCGAAGAGAUCUUGGCUAUGGCCCGACUUCAACCAGCUCAUUUUGACCAAUUUGACUUGAUUCGAAGCUUUCAAGAGUCGGUUUUUUUCUUUAAUCUUGGGCAAACUUGUUUUUAGAAUGUCAUAUCGACAGGAAAAUACCUUUUGAUCAUUCAAUUUGCUUCUAAACGUCUCGUAGAUGCAACAAUUUCUAGAUCUUGGAAAUUUGUAGCCUCCAUUUCUGGCUACAAAUAUCUUAUAGAGAAUGCCAAGAUAAUCAAACGGAUAUCUUGACCGGAAAAUUCGUAAUUUUGAUAGAUUAUAUCAGAAUAGAACGACAAGUAUCAUUCAAUGAUUUCUGUCAAAAACUAAUUUGGAAAAUAUUUAGCCAAGUAUGAACUUAAAAAUUAUAAAAAAGUUUUUUUUAAUUGUUCGCUUUGAAGUUUCUAAGUAAUUGGAAGUGAAAACUUCUAUAUUUUUUCUGAGAACAGUUCAAUUCACUUUAGAGUCAAUUUAAAUAAUUUCAAACUAAAAAAAUUUCAAUGACGGAGAAAAGCCUUUUCUAAUAUUGCUCAUCGAAGCUCCCAAGUCAGUCCAGGCGGAAACGUAUAAAGCAUACUGUAGCCAGCGCAAUUUUUCUUACCGUGGAUUUGAAAGAGAAUAUGAAAUUCUUUCGAAAAUUUCGAAAUGAAUAAUCUUUUUUCCGUGGAAAAUUAAAUCAUGUAAGAUUUCUGGAUGUUAAAAAUCGCAAAUUCAGAAACAAAAUAAACUCUGUGGUGAACUUACAAGAAUUCGGCGAACACUCCUUUUGUGGAACGGGCGUUGGAACUUCCGGCUUCAGCUACGAUCCGGAGCUGCUCAUGCGGAAUGGAAGUUGGUUUCCUGCUUCAAAAAGAACCGAAACAUUAGGCUGACCGUAUAGAAAAAAGAGUAAUUUUUAGGUUUUAUUAACUAUAAAAAAAGAGAUAAAAUUCUAUAAGGUAUUCGAAAGUAUGAACUGUCCCCAACUUCGGUGCCGAGAAUCGAUAUCCUUUUCAAAUCCUAGCUUAGGAAUAAAAUAUGAGUCGAAAUUCCAACGCUUAUUCUUGAUCGGCCAACCCUGUAUGUUCUCGGCUUCAUAUACUUUUUAGAAGUUUGAAGGAAAAUUUUCAAUUUUCAGUAUAUUACUACAACUUCCCAAUGCCGGACUUUCAUUCGUGCUCGGCGCCAAGACUUUUGGACAUUGUUAAAGUGGUCACUUACGCCUUGACGACAGGUUGUCUCCAUUUUCUUCAAGCUCAAGAAUUCGAAUUUUUAGGAAAAGUCGCUAUCCAUUGUCAUGCCGGCCAUGGAAGAACAGGUGAGAGAACUUCGCAAAAAGAUAAAAACGUUAAACCUAUCAAUUUUCCAGGGAUGGUCAUUGCGGCGGUUUUGAUGUACAGAAAAGGUAUUUCGCCAAUGGAAGCUGUGGCUUUAGUUAGAAGUAGAAAGGUAAGAUAUUCAAGAUCAAUAAGAUUUAUUUGUAUUAUUCAGGCCAAAGUCUGUUCAAAGUUCAGAGCAAGUUGAAACGCUUCAUAGGUUCAAGGUUGGCUAUCACCAGAAAAAAAAAAGUAAAAAGCCCAUUUUAAAAGGGAAAUUUGAUAACUCUACUAGUCCAAAUAGUCAAGUUCCAGCAAAAAGUGUGGGAAUCACAAAUAAAAUAAUAAUCCACAGUUGCCAAAGAACUUGGUUGAGGAAAAUUAAAAGAAAAAAAUAUUUUUUUCUUUCAUAAAAUAAAAAAACGACGUGAACCGUUCUGGCGUAAAGUUUAAUGUUUCUCGUACCUACACAGCCACGCACAUCUGCAUGCAUAAUAAUCUUUUUGUAACGAUUUACUAUUUUUAAUCUCUACUUGGAGAAUUAUUAUUUCUAAGCUUCGAAAAUCUAGGAACUCGAAAAAAAUUUUUUUAAAAUUAUUUCUUCGUUUAGUUUUUCCAAACAUGCUCAACUUUAUAUGUACUCCAUGGACUCAUUUAUUCAUUUGAGCUUCUGAUAAACAAUGAUGGAGGCUGUAUUAUACCGCCGCGCAAAUUUCUUCACAUAUCACAGUACGUUCAAUACAAUUCGAGGUUUAUAAGCCGGUCAGAGGCGAGGCUUUACGGGAACAUUCCGAAGGUAUUUUCGAAUCAAAAUAUGAAUGAGUUAGUUCUUUUAUUUUUCAGGUCGUCUACAUUGCGAUGAAAACGUUGUUAUUGAAGUUUUACGAGUCCGUGUCCAUAGACUUGAGACACGAAAAUGAACGUUGCAAUUUUCAUUGCGAGCGCGGAAAAUUGAUAGAAAAUCUGUAAGUUUUGAAUAAAUUUUGCGAAAGCCAAGAAAUAUAAGUAAAUGUUUUUCUUUUAGUUUGCGAAAUUUAGAAAGGAAGUAGAGUUUUCUUGACUAUUUCUCAUAUUAUUUUAGGAAAAUCCUACUGGAUCCGUCGGAAAUCGAAGCUUCUUUGAACCGCGAACAUUUGGAAACAACGAAAAGUUGGUAUCAGGACGCUACGGAAAAAGGAUUGUCCAUUUGCUGCAUGGAAGUCUAUUUCGAGGUCGAAAUGCACUAAUUUCCCGUUUUGAGUCUAAUUUUUGUUGCAGGAUAUGGCCGGAUUCCGGGAAAUUAUCCGUUUCGUCGAUUAUUUCUUCCACGCAACUUUUCAUCAAAUCACCUAUCGGGACGAUUUGUUGGCGGCUUUAGAAGAUGGAAAAAGCUCCGGAUUUAAUCCGAAUCGAGGGAAAAAUAACAGGGUAGAAAUCAAAGGAAACUGAUUAUAUAUUUUAAAUUAUGUAGUCUUAAGAUUGUUUUGACUUUUUUUUUGUAAAAGUAUCCCCUCUUCGAAAACCUUUUAAAAAAAAUCGAAAAUUCCUUUUUUAGGACUGGAUUUUCACUUUUUUCUUUCUCUUGAAAUGCGUCGCAGCCCUUCCCGAACAGCUCCAUUUCGCCAUGGCUCGAUUAAUUUCAAAGUAA